AUGGGCCUAUCGAGCACGGCAAUCAGUGAUGCGUUGCUGGUAGACUCAUCGACUCUCAUCACCUCUGACGCUAUUGACUUGAGCGGAAUCCACACCGUUGGCUCGGAAGCAAAUAUCACCUCGAACUACAACGCCCUCGUGAAACUCCCGGAUCUUGCAACUGCCCCAGACCUGUUCGUUAACAACAACACGAACUGCACGUUCGACUUCUUGCAGCUCUCCAUGGUCACAAACCUAACUAUGAUAGACAACCCAGCCAGCAUGAUACCGUCCUUUCCCAAGCUGGCAUCGGCCACGAACAUCCACCUCCGGGGCAAUAUCGACACGUCUCUCGGACCGAACUACCUUCCUGCCUUGACAGCCGCCGGUAACGUCACGAUCGAGGCGUGGAACGACGAUUUCAGCUGCUCAAAACUGGUCUCCCAACUGCAAAACGGCUUCAUCAAGCACCUUGCUUGCGCCUGGGCCGGAAUCGGCGUAAGCAUCGGGGUCGUUGUUGUCGGCGCCGGGCUAGCCGCGGUCUGGCUAACGCUUCGCCACUUCCGGCGCCGCCUCACACAGCUCGAAGGACGAGCCAGUGCCCAGCAGCCGGUCGACGUCGACAGCCUAUUCACCGAGCCGACCCAGGUCUAUUUUGAAGGUACACACGAGGCCGAAGGCCAGGGCAUCAUCCGCGAGAAACCCGACGACAACAUGCGCGAGAUGUACGUCCGUCCCGAGGAGACCGCCGGCACGCAGAUCCUGGAGAUGGAUGCGGCGCCGGUAGAACCCGGAUGGUAUGCCAGGGACGGCGAGGAUGGGGAGUCGAGAUACCUGUCGGGACAUAGACAUGAGGGAGAGUAG